UCGAAUCUGGUUUCGAAGGCUGAACAAACCAAAAUUUGUUGAGCUCCUUUUUCAAAAUUCAUUGUUUUUACAAAUUAUUUGUUACCAAAAUUCAAAAUUUUAUAUCAAAAUGUUUAAACGUUCCGCGUUUGCCUUGGGUCGGUGCGUCAAAGAAGUGCUUAAACGGUCGGUCGGUUCAGCCAAACCUUAUAAGAUCCUACCAUCUUGCAAACCUUAAACCUGAAGAAACUGCCAAUCCCGAUGUCCUUCCAAAUCAGCAGACGAAAAAACUUGGCGAUGGCUCUUUUGGAGUCAUUCAUGUCCAGAAUUGUUCCUUACUUCCCAAUCCUAUGUUCCUGGACGAUCUAGAGCAGCAGCAGGCGAAAAGGAUCGGAGCAAACCGGUGGCUAAAGGAAGAAAAGCAUGAAGACCUUGAAAGGAUGAGACAGGAAUGCCAGAGGCUAGCCAAAGAAAUCACCAUGGCUGCAAAAGGUGGAGAUAUCAAAAAGGCCUGCAAGGAGCUGGCCCAAAAAGAGAAGUGCAAACAGAAAGCCUUAAAGAAAAAAUGUAAGGAUUUGGCAGCGAAGGAAGAAUGUGAAAAGGCUAAACUCAAAAAGAAAUGUGCGGCAAUGGCGAAGAAGGAUCCUUGCAAGAAGAAGGAUCCCUGCAAAAAGAAAGAUCCCUGCAAAAAGAAAGAUCCCUGCAAAAAGAAGGAUCCCUGCAAAAAGAAGGAUCCUUGCAAAAAGAAGGAUCCUUGCAAGAAGAAGGAUCCCUGCAAAAAGAAGGAUCCUUGCAAGAAGAAGGAUCCCUGCAAGAAGAAGGAUCCCUGCAAGAAGAAAGAUCCCUGCAAGAAAAAUGAUAUGAAAAAGAAGUGCAAGGAAUUGGCUGAAAAGGAGAAAUGCAAGAAGCUGGCGCAAAAGGAAAAAUGCAAGAAGCUGGCCAAAAAAGACAAAUGCAAGAAAUAAUGCAGCUUUCUCGGAUUCUAAAAUGAAAUUUAUUUUAUUUUAACUAAUAAAACAUUGAAAUUUAAAUAUA